UUUCUUUAAGAUUAGACGAGAACAGCAGAAUCAGCAUCAACGAUAAUCAUCAGCAAUAAUGGAGUUCCCCUUCGGUCAUCACCACCACCACCACCACCGCAGAAAUGAUGAAGAAGAUGACAGAGAAAGGCCACACUACCCGCCACCUUCCGCCGCUGAAUUUUCCGAUCCUCCACCACCACCACCACCCUCUUACUACCAACACAACGAGUUUGAACCACCGACUCGAGUAACCCACACCCACCACUCCGCUGGCUUCAAUCAGCAAGACCCAGAUUCCUUCAAUUACCAACCACGGCCACCCACCCAGGUCACCCAUCUGCAUCACUCCGGCGAUUACCCACCGGAGUCAGGCUACCACAAUUACCCUCCAGAACCAGAAAUGACUCAUGGGUAUCGUCACGAUCAGCGACCAGGUUAUCAUAAUUAUGCCCCCGCACCGGAAACAGAAGUGAUCCAGUUUUCUCAUCAAGGGAAUCCCGACUCUUAUCGACCGGAAGCUGAGACCCAUGAUCCUUUCAGGCCUCAUCUCCCUUCUUUCCUGCACCAGCACACUCAUCAGUCAAGUGGUGAUGGAUUAUCCUCUAGACGCACUGUUAGGGUUUUUUGCAAGGCGAAUCCUGAUUACUCUCUCGCCAUCAGAGAUGGCAAGGUCAUUCUUGUGCGAUCUGAUCCAAGAGAUGAGUACCAGCACUGGUUCAAAGAUGAGAAGUAUUCAACAAGAGUUAAGGAUGAAGAAGGCCUACCCUCCUUUGCUCUGGUUAAUAAAGCCACUGGUGAAGCCAUGAAGCAUUCCAUUGGAGAUACUCAUCCUGUGCAGCUGAGGCCUUAUAAACCUGAUGAUUUUGAUGAGUCUGUACUGUGGAGCCAGAGCAAGGACUUUGGUGAUGAUUUCAGGACCAUAAGGAUGGUUAACAACACUCGGCUGAAUGUUGAUGCCUUUCACGGGGAUAAGAAAUCUGGCGGUGUUCGUGAAGGCACUAUAAUUGUGCUCUGGAAAUGGAAUAAAGGAGACAAUCAGCUUUGGAAGAUAAGGCCUUUUGACGCAUAAUUGGUGGUGUUGCUGGCAUGGACUAGCUAGUAUUGUGUUUGCAAGACUUCAGUUGCGGAUUGGUUUUCGAUUUUCUCCCUUUCUUGGUGCUUCCAGCAUGAGACUCGGGAUCUCUUGGCAAGUCUAUGACUAUGUGGUUGGUGUUUUCUUUAAUUAGAUUAUGUGGAUGUAAUUUACCUUGUGUGAUUAAUAUCUGCCCCCGAGUCCCUCCUUGGUGAUGCUUGCAGCAUAUGCCAUUUUAUGUUACUUUUAGACUAUGUGCUGUGCUUGCUCUUGAUCUAUUUAUAUCUAUCUCCUAUUUAAAACUU